AUGUUGAUUGUUUUCGUCACUGUCGUCCACCCCUCUCGUGAGCGAUGCACUCUGUGGAAGGAGAAGUAUUUCGCUGCUUUCUCUACUUCAACCAAUGGGGCUGGCCCUAACGAGCGCAACUUUGUCAGGACCAGAAGCCCUCGAAUGAAAUCUGGCAUGCCCUUUGUUGCGACCGCACUCCAAAUGGAUACAUAUCCUGAAAUGGGCGACGCUGUCUGUCUGUUUCGAUGGUUGUUCCACGCACUAAGAGCACUCAACCUUCUCGGAUCUGCCUGUCUCAACUCCGGAAGCAAACGGCCUUGCAUUAACGUCCUAGUCAUUCCAACGCCCAAGUUGACAUUGCCGAAUAAGCAGCUAUUAUGUGGCGCUGUGACUCGCAUGCAAGCCCUUAACCCUGUCGUACUAGCUGUGAUUCUGAUGCCUCAUAUCACGAAGUUGUUUUCAAUGAUUACCAAGUUGCCUUCCAGAACGGUUUUCUGCCCCCCUUUCAGCGUGAGCUAUCUCACUGGUUUCGGUUCUUCUAUCUAA